UAUGCUGGGCAAGGAUUACAUGCUGGCCAUCAUUCUGGUCAACUGCGAUGAUGACUUGUGGGGUGACCAGAAUCUGGAGGGGGAGCCAGGUCUGCCCCCUGGCUGGAGGAAGAUCCACGAUGCUGCAGGUACUUACUACUGGCAUGUACCCAGUGGUAGCACCCAGUGGCAGCGCCCAAACUGGGAGCCAGAGGAUGCAGAGGAUGCAGGCAAGGGGACUGAGGGAGUUUGGGGACUGAGGCCUCCGAAAGGGAGAUCCUUCUCCAGUUUGGAGAGCUCAUUGGACCGGAGUAAUUCCCUGUCCUGGUACGGUGAAGAAUCCUACAUCCAAAGCAUGGAGCCAGGGGCUAAGUGUUUUGCAGUCCGCUCUCUGGGCUGGGUUGAGGUACCUGAAGAGGAUCUGGCACCAGGAAAGAGCAGCAUCGCAGUCAAUAACUGCAUCCAGCAGCUGGCCCAAACUCGUAGCCGGAGCCAGCCCCCAGAUGGAGCUUGGGGUGAGGGGCAGAACAUGCUGAUGAUCCUGAAGAAGGAUGCUAUGAGCCUGGUGAAUCCCUUGGACCACAGCCUGAUCCACUGCCAGCCUCUAGUACACAUUCGUGUAUGGGGUGUGGGCAGCUCCAAGGGCCGUGAUAGCCCAAUCUCUGACCUUGCCAGGGACUUCGCUUUUGUGGCGGGUGACAAAGAUAGCUGUAUGCUCAAGUGCCAUGUGUUUCGCUGUGACGUCCCUGCCAAGGCCAUUGCCAGUGCCCUGCAUGGGCUUUGUGCCCAGAUCUUGUCGGAGAGAGUAGGGAUCAAUGGUGAUGCUGCUUGCUGCUCCCCAGACCCCAUAUCCCCUGAAGAUCUGCCACGGCAAGUGGAGCUGCUGGAUGCUGUGAGCCAGUCUGCACAGAAGUAUGAGGCACUGUACAUGGGGACCCUGCCAGUCACCAAAGCCAUGGGAAUGGACGUGCUGAAUGAAGCCAUUGGUACCUUGACUGCCCGGGGUGCCCAGGAUGAAUGGAUCCCCACCAUGUUCAGUGUGUCUGACUCUUUGAUGACUGCGCAUCCCAUUCAGGCAGAGGCCAGUGCAGAGGAGGACCCACUGUGGCAGUGCCCUGUCCGCCUUGUGACCUUUAUUGGUGUUGGCCGUGACCCGCACACCUUUGGCCUCAUCGCUGACCUGGGCCGCCAGAGCUUCCACUGUGCAGCCUUCUGGUGCCAGCCUCAUGCAGGUGCACUCUCUGAAGCUGUGCAGGCUGCCUGCAUGGUUCAGUACCAGAAGUGUCUUGUGGCCUCUGCUGCUCGAGGCAAGGCUUGGAGUGCCCAGGCUCGUGCCCGCCUGCGGCUCAAGCGGACCAGCUCCAUGGAUUCCCCAGGAGGGCCCCUGCCCCGCUCUCUACUCAAAGGAGGUGUUGGGGGUCCAGGAGCAGCCCCACGAAAACGGGGUGUGUUCUCUUUUCUUGAUGCCUUCCGACUGAAACCUUCUCUGCUCCAUAUGCCCUGAAUAUCUGGGAGGACUGAGGAGGAAGCUCUGGGUACAUGCCCAAUUCUCUAUUGCUUCAUUCCUCAGGGACCUGCACUCACUCCAUGAACCUUCUCUGCCUACUCCCCUGGUUCUUACCUACCCUCUAUUUAUUGCCUGGUUUAUUAACUUUAUAUGUAUGACUGGAGAGGCCCUGCACCACAACUUAGGCUUCCUUAUCCCUGAGUCCCUUUGUUCCUUGCCCCUGUCAAGCCCUGGACAGUUGGCUCUACCUCAGCAACACUUUAUAGCAAAAUCAGUGCAAAUAAAAUCCCUCAGUGACCUCA